AUGUCGGUCUUCUCUCUGAUCAAACGGAGUCGGCAAGCAGCAAAGGAGCAAAACGCAAAGAAGGCCGAAAAGGACAAGGCAGAGGCCAAGGUCCCAUACAAGCACGUACCCAAGCAUGCCGCCGUUGAUGCUCUCAUGGGUGGUCCAACGGGCUGGAAGGAGGCCGAUCGACUCAGAAUCAUGGAGGAGAACCGAAGGAGGAGUGCGAUGACAGCAAACGGCAUGGGCAUGCCGAGCGGGCUUUCAACUCCAGUCCACGCCGGCGUCUUCACCCGCUCCAACACCAGUCUCACACACGUCUCAUACAGCAACCCCAGCGGCUACGCCACACCCGUCCCUCACAUUCCCCGAGCAUACAGCUACCACGGCACGACCCCGGGGUGGAGCCAUCAUGGCGGUGAGAUCAGUUAUCUCUCGAUCGACAUGGCUGGAGCUGCCAGCAGUGGAACAUCGAUAAAGGGGAAAGAGAAGGAAGUUCGGCGUCCCAGGCUCGACUAUGGCCCAACCAGCAGAUCUUCAAGCAGGCUUUCAGCAGCCGGUGGACGAUUUCUCCUCGAAGGAGGGUCCGGGUCUGCCCCCCGAACGAGGGACGGCUCAAGCUCCCCCGUCCAAAGCUCCAGCAACUCCAGCAGCUCGGAAGACGAUUUGGAGAUUAAGCCUGUGAAGCAAUAUACCAGCGCGGUGACAACCUCAAGUCCGCUCGCGGGACUAUCGAGUCGGCCGGUAAGCGACACCGACUCUGUCCACCGUCUUCACCCCGGCCAUGCCCGAAACAUGUCGAACUCAUCAUACAAACAAGCAGGACGAUCCUCGUCGCCCAGACAAUCACCCUCGAGGAGUAGUCCGACCAGGGCAGGAGGAGGUUCAAGCAGCAACAGCAGCGCUUCGCUGAGUGCCGCCGGCAUCCCGCCCGUCCCAUCAAUCCCUCCCAUGCAAUUCGGUGGCACUCUCGCCCUUCCCACCUCCUCGUCGUCAUCCAGCUCCAACAACUCCGGGAGUAAUAAUUCCUCCUCGCACAGGAGUUCGCACCCAAUUCCACCGCCCAUGGUGGUAGAAGAAGAUGCAUCAGAACUCUCGGAAGACAGCCUCCAAUCGACCGGCACCGGCACCGCCACUCCCCCCAUCGGCACCGCCGUCUCAACGGCUCCCGGUCCCACAGCACGCACCGCCGCCGCCCUAGAACCGAUCCAAUCCAACGUCGUAUCCAACACUACCGACAACACGCACACCGACUCCGGAUCAGGCUUGCCAUACAAGAAGUAUUCCAGCCAAAAGGAACGGUCAUUCGUCGCUACUACCGCUCUACCCACAUCAUUCGACGAAGCGAGCUUGGCGGUUCCGCAGCAAUUGGUGACGCUUCCUCAGCAAUUGGUGACGCUUCCUCAGCAACCGGCGAAGUUGGGGAAACGGCCGAAGAAUACUACCUCUAAGGAGGAGGGAAGAAAGAAGAGUCGAUGGAGCUUUAUGAGUAGUAGGCGGACGGCUGUUGCUGUAUAA